GGACUCCUGUCACCGGCCCCCGCAAGCUGCAUGGCGGUGUAACAAGAGCCACAGCAGAAUGGAUAGCCAUCCUAGUCACUCCAAGGAUACCAAUGGAAAAUAUAGGUCAGAAGACCAGUCUGUAGUCAGCAGAAUGCAGAAGAAAUACUGGAAGACAAAGCAAGUCCUAAUCAAAGUUACAGGAAAGAAAGAAGACGAGCAUGUGGUUGCAUCUGAUGCAGAGCUGGAUGCCAAACUAGAGGUUUUUCACUCCAUUCAGGCAAGUUGUAUAGAUCUUCUAAAGACUAUUGAGAAAUACCAGCAGAGACUCAAUGUUAUGUCUGAGGAGGAAAAUGAGCUAGGGCUCCUUUUAAAGGUUCGAGGAGAGCAAGAUGCUACUAAAGCUGGCAAAAUGAUGGAAGCCACUGGAAAGAUCCUCUGUUCUUCUGCUCAACAAAGGGUAGCCCUUUGUACCCCCUUGUCUCGCCUUGGGCAGGAACUGGCAACAUUCAGUCACAGGGCUGUGUCUGAUACCUUGUUAACAAUUGAUCAUAUGGAGCAGGCCCGCAUAGAAUACAGAGGGGCCUUGCUGUGGAUGAAGGAUGUGUCCCAAGAACUGGAUCCUGACACCUGCAAGCAAAUGGAGAAAUUCAGAAAAGUGCAGACGCAAGUGAAAAAUACCAAAGCUCAGUUUGACAAGUUGAAAAUGGAUGUCUGUCAGAAGGUGGAUCUACUUGGAGCUAGUCGCUGCAAUAUGUUGUCGCAUUCCCUUGCUAUCUAUCAGCAAUAUCUGGAAGAAAAGACUGUAGUUUCAGAAGCAAUUCUUCUCUCUGUGGAACAUACAAAUGAACAGAUGGCUGGGAUGAUAGAGUUACACGUUUCCAUCUUGAAACAUCCCUUACAUAUCAUUCUUACUGAAAUGGGAGAUUCAGGAUUGGGAAGAACUCCCAAUUUGUUUAGAAUUUGCUUAUGUCGAAGGAGACAGGGAAAUAAUGAUAUAAAUAGCUGUCAGAGGUAAGUCUGUGUAAUAUCUCCUUUGACUUUGUCCUUCUCAGAUAACCCUUUUGCACUUCUGCA